AUGGCUUACAAUAAAGAAGCAUUAGCUCUUGUAAUCGAUAUUGGUAUUGGUAUGUCUCAAGCACCACCAGGAUUCGAUUCACCUUUACAAAUAACAAGUGAUAUACUUCAAAUGAUUGUUCAAAGAAAAAUGUUUCAAGAAAGCAAAGAUGAAUUAGCAUUGAUUUUAUACGGCUCUGAUGAAACAAAUAAUGAGUUAGCAGAUGAAAAUAGUUAUCAAAAUGUUAAUGUUACGUUUUCUUUAUCACCUGCUAAUUGGCAUUUAUUUGAAGAAAUACAAAAAAUUAAACCAGGCAAUGGCCCAGCUGAUUUGGUUGAUGCAAUUGUUGUUGCUGCUGAUCAUCUUCGUCGUGAAACUGAUGGCAAACAUGGUUUUGUUGCUAAGCGUAUUUUGUUAUUUACAAAUGCUGCAACACCAUUCAAUGAUCAUAGUCUUCAAAUAAUUCUUGAAUCACUUCGACGCCAAGGUAUUAUUGUUGAUGCUAUUGGACCUACAUGGGGUCAACAAGAUGAAGAAGAUGAAAAUGAAGAAAAUAAUCGAUCACAUUCACCUACAGAUACAAAUGAACAUGAUGAUAAUAAUGAAAAUUCCGCUAGUAAUCGUCCUACAACAAAUGGUCAUCAUCAUAAAAGUCCAAAAAAACCAUUAACUCAACAACAACAAACUGGCGUUCGUAUUAUUAAUCAAAUUGUUAAUACAACAGAAGGAACUUUAUUUACAUUUCGUGAAGCAUUAACAAUUCUCAGUGUUCAUCAAUCAAAAAAUGUUAAACCAACAGCAACAAAAUAUAUCAUGCAAUUAGCUGAUCUUAAAUUACAUAUUUGUACUUAUAUUCAGGUUAAAGAUAAUAAACCAGGAAUAUUUCGUUUAAAAAAAGUUUAUGCACGUGAUCCAACAAGUGAAAUUAAAAUUGAUCGUGGUCGUUAUACAAAAGAUGAACAAGACCAAGAAAUUGAAAAAGAAGAAUUAACUGAUGGAUUUCGUUAUGGUACAACAUUUGUACCUAUUAAUAAAGAAACACUCGAUGAUAUGAAAUAUCAAAGUGAAAAAUGUUUUUCAAUUAUUGGAUUUUCUGAUGCUAAUAUGAUGCGACGAAGUCUUUACUUAGGUGAUACAGUUUAUGAAGUUAUUGCAGAACCAGGCUAUGAAGAAGAAGGUCAAGCAUUUGCUGGUCUUGUUCAAGCAAUGUAUGACACAAAUGCAGUUGCUAUUGUACGUAGAUGUUUUAGUGAAAGAAGUUCACCUGAAUUAGGAUUUUUACGUCCACAUAUUGCACAUGAUCAUAUUUGUAUGUAUUAUGUUAAAUUACCAUUUGGAGAAGAUGUACGUGAAUUUAAUUUUGAUAAUCUUGAUGCUAUUAAACGAAACCAACCAAGUGAUGAACAAUUAAAAACUAUUGAUCAUUUAAUUACAACUAUGGAUUUGACACAUGCUGAUCGAGGAGGUGAAGAAGCAUUUCGACCAGACCUUGUUUUUAAUCCAUAUAUUCAACGAAUGUUUCAAUCUAUUGCACGACGUGCUGUAACACCUGAAGAACCAUUAUCAUUAUCAAAUACAAUUAUGGAAAUGAAUGAUACAUUAGUUCAAUCAGUUGCUUCAAAGAGUAAACGAACAUUAGAUACACUUCAUGAACAAUUUACUCUUCGAGAUACUGAACGUCGACAAAAAAUGAUGACUGGUGAAAAACUUUUUGGUAAUAUUGAUAAUUCAACAAAAAAAAUGCGUCUUGAAGAAAACGACAAUGUUGAAGAACUUACAACAGAUUCAACAUCAUUUGAAGCACAAUUAGCUGCAAAAAAGAAAGCAGCAAUAAGAACAAUUGGUACAAUAACACCGAUUGAAGAUUUUAAGACUUUAAUUGAACAAGGUUCAUCAUCAUUUACUGAAGUAUGUCAACAAAUGUCUACAGUUAUUCUUGAAUUUAUUAAUAAUUCACGUGGUGAUGCAUUAUUCGACAAAGCCUUACAAUGUAUACAAUGUUUGCGUGACAUGUGUAUUCAAAAAUUAGAACCAAAAAUAUUUAAUGACUUAGAAAUUUUAAUUAAAAAACAAGCAGGAAAUAUUGACGGAAGAAAAGAUUUUUGGAAAAAAGUUGUUGAUGAAAAAAUCAGUUUAAUAACUAGUGACGAAUGCAUUGAAUCAAAUGUGAUAUCUAUUGAAGCACAGAAAUUUCUCGAAGAAAACACAUCAACUGAAGUUGUUAAUAAUGCAUUAAUAACUAAUGAAGACGAUGGUGAUGAAGAAGAUCUUUUUGAUCUCAUUUAA